GUGUAUUAUAUUUAAGCUUUCUUUCACUAAAGUUUCGGAUUGCUCCAGCGCACUCAUAGAUAAUUUUUGUUUCAAAAUACAAUGGCUUAACAAGGAAAUUGUUCUUCUGCCCAGUCGUUGGAAUUAGCUCUCAAACUAAUUAGUGGACCCCUUCACUAGAUCCCGGAAAAACAAGUGGGACGGUACAAACCAAAAUGUUUUACCAUAUAAAGUUAGAACAUGAAAUAUUAUUACACCCUAAAUAUUUUGGACCGAAUCUAACAGAAACAGUGAAAACCAAAUUGUUUUCAGACGUCGAAGGAACUUGCUCCGGAAAGUAUGGCUUUAUCAUCGCUGUCACGAACAUAGAGCAUAUCGGUGCUGGUAUAAUACAGCCAAACAGAGGAUUUGUGCAAUACCGUAUAGUAUAUCGUGCCAUCGUCUAUCGGCCUUUCAAGGGCGAGGUCGUCGAUGCUAUCGUUACCCAGGUUACUAAGGUUGGGGUGUUUGCGGAAGCUGGUCCUCUCACUAUUUUUAUUUCUAAAUAUUCUGUCCCUUCCAAUAUUAAAUUUGAAGGUGCUGAGACAACCACCGAUGGUCUCAACGAUGAAGAUGAAGAAGAGACCCAAACAGUGCAGAUUGAAGAUCGCAUUAGAAUCCGCAUAAUUGGUCUCCGAGUUGACGCCAGUGAUAUUGUAAGUUUCGCUUACUUUAAGGAUUUCAUCCAACAUAACCAGUGUUUGAGACCACUGUCUCACUUAUAAAUGAGUCGAUCCUUCAUAUUUCCGUUUUUCACUUAGUUACAUUUUGUAAACCCAACUUGGAGCGACACAUUUUUGUCAGGUACUGCUCUAUUUGUAACUGAUUGACAGACCUAAGUUUUGUUAUCAUACUAAAAAAUUAUGGUAAUGUAUGUUUCAUAUUGUCAAAAGAAGUGCCUGUUUCCCACUGACCACAAAUGAUACCCGGCAAUCCUUUCGGUAGCAAUCUGUAAUCAAUGUUACAAGUAUUCCUCAAAGUGAUCAAGAAACCUCGCUCCCUUUCGAGUCAUGCUUUCAGUAUUCCUUCAUUAUAAACCAGUGUGGGGACUUAGAACUAUGAUUUACAGUUGAUGGUUAAGGUUAAGAUUCAGAAUUAGGGUUCUCAUCACAAAUUGAUAUCAUCUAAAAUUCCAAAACUGUUUAGCCAAAUGGAUUAAUGAAUUUCGCGCCAAAAUUCGAGACGUGUUACCUUAUACCUGAUUGGUUAGUUCAAAAAUUAUAGUUUCGCUUAUAUUUUAUAAUUAUAGACCAAUAUUUAGCUGCAGUAUUUAAAUCCCGAACGAGCCCGAACUUGACUCGAACACUACCAGUCGAGUCAGAGCUUAUGGCGAACUAUCAUCUGAUUCUGCAAUCUCAAAUGGUGUCUAGCAAGGCUGUCCACUAUCUCCGUUUUUGUCUAAUUUCAUUAUAGACCUACUGCUUGACAUAACGAUCUCGCCGUCUGAAUUUUCGGGAGUUGAUCUACCAGGAGGUCCACUUCUUGCCUUAUAAUAUUCAGAUGACAUAGUCCUGUUUGGUGAAUACGCUGAUGAAAUGCAGUCUUUUGGUAUCACUGAGCAACAAUGCCAGGAUGCUUGGAAUGUGUUUCUCCCCCUCUAAAUCUAAAUUGUUGCUCCAGGACUGGCCUGUGUCAACACCUAAACUAAGGAUAGGGAGUGAGGUAGUCGAACACGUCGACAACUUCACUUAUCUUGGAAAUCUGAUCAGUCCUAAUGGGUUGGUGUCUGACGAAACUUCGACACGGAUUCAGAAAGCUCGUUUGGAUUCUGCCAACUUACGUCAUCUGUAGAGAAGGCGAGAUAUACUCUAUCUUCUUGCCCUGCUGACAUGCUACAGGAGCCUUGGUCGAUGCACAUUUGUGCCUGUUUAUUAUAAGAAACUGAUCUCUGCAGUAAUAUAAGCCGUAAGAUGUACCGUAAUUCCGUAUAUUUAUUCGUUUGCUUGCUUCGGUUUGGGCGCACGGUCAGUAUUCCAGCCCUCACGCAAAUCGAAUGAUUUAUGUGAAGCAUAUUUGUUUGGUGCUUCCUUGGGCCAAUAUUUAUGUGUUUAAAUAAAUAAAUAAUUCGCUUGAGGACAACCGAAUAAACUCACUUAUAAUUAUUUCAAUUUUUCAAAUCAUAGUUUUAAAUUUCGCCGUGCAUACCUUUGUAAAAAUGAAUAUUAUUUCUUCUCUGUAAGUUGAUAUUAUUAUUGCUUUUUGGUCAGAAAUAGUCUUUUUUUCCAGUCAAUAUUACGAUUUUGUAUUUCACAGUUCUUUUAUCCAUACAAGUUAGUCGUCUGUAAAGACUUAAUUAGUCAUAAACGCUUAUCUAUGUACUACUUCUAUAUUCCUGACCUGGACUUUGAUUUUUUUUCAUAGUUCGCCGUCGGCACACUAAUGGAUGAUUAUCUUGGUGAGUUAAGUUGAAUUACGUAUGUAAAUAUAUCAUUCUGAUUGGUGUUUUUAUAUUGUUUCAAUAGAAAAUUGAGAAACAAAUAUUUCGUAUAUGUAGUAUCAAUCUAAAGGCAGUUCUCAGUCACUGAUUUGACUGUUAGUUGACAUUUGUGUAACGGUUUGGGUCACUGGUUCAAAUAUUUCUUUCGUUUACCUAUGUCUUACCAAGUAUUUGUUAAACCAAUAUAAAUAAUAACAAUUAUUUCGUGUUGAAUUUCGAUUUGCUCUGAAAGUUAUUUAGUUUUACAAUGCAAAACCUCAAUACAUGCUACUUGAGCUAGUUUUUGUGUUCCUAGUGAUAAUAUUUGAGGGCCCAUCGUUCAUAUUUAUAAACAUCCUAACAAAUGUAGUGUUUCUAUAUCAUUAGAUGGUUAAUUCCGUCAAAAACUACAAGUGAUAUAUUUUAUUUCGUCACAUUAAACCUAUAUCAAUAAGUAGCCUCAACUAUGUAUACCUCUGAAUCGUUUAUUUGUAAGCAUUCAUACAUAAAACGGUCUCAUUUGUCAUCGAGGUCUUAUUUACCCGUUUGUCUGGGUAUUUCUUAAAAUUUGUGCGUGGUGAAUGGUUCAGGGUUUGCUAAAUGCCCUGGUACGGCCGAGAGUGGAGAGAGCACUCUCGAAAUGCUCUCACACGGCCACGCGUAUACAGCCUCUGCCAGGGAAGUCCAGCUCACUGCCUUCUCGUGGCGGUGUGUUUACGAAAUGGAGAGGACGAAAAGCGUAUGAACCAAUCGUUGGUUACAGGCUACCAUGGCACUGCAUCUCCUCACGAUGCUCCACUGCCUUGUGGAUCAGACCUUCAGGUCAAAGGCUCGGGGCGUGGCUCCCUAAGAAAACCACCUGUUUCAGUUCGGGCACCCAGGCAGUAUCACAGCCCUCACAAAAAUAUGAAAUGACAAUUUUUUUGUGUGGCGCAUAUAUAUCUGGUGCCCUCUUGUACCAAUAUUUAUUUGUUCAAAUAAAUAAAAUAAAUUACUCUUCUACAUCGUUCUCCGUUUUGAUGUCUUGCAAAUUCUAUAGUGCAUAGUAAAAUCUUCUUGUAUGUUUAAGGUUUUUUAUGUUGGGUUCAGGGACAUAAAGAAGUCUUUUGAAUAAGCCAAAUAUUCAUGUUUUCACGAAAUUCAAUUCACUUUAGUUACUUGACACGUGAUUGAUGUCAGUAGAUAACACAACAGUUACUCUUCACUCUGCAUCAUCUUGAAAUAUCUUUGUUUUGAUUAAGAUUUUAUGCACAUGGCUGAGUACUUCUUACUCUACUGUACAACUAAGGUAUUCCUAAUCAAUGAAACGCAAUUGGAAUAAUAUUUCCCGAUUCAUAUGCUAAGAAUGAAUUUUUGUUGUGUUACUUGAUUACCUUUAUUUAGAUGACAUGUAAAGGUUAAGUUAUGUGUCAUUGAUUGAUUUUACUCAUUAAAAUGGAUUAGACGAAGUUCAUAUUCUAAUGGUUGGGUGAAACCUUUUAUACAGAAAUAAAUAUGAUUGUCUUGAUUUUAAUUAAUUGCUCAAGUUUCAUUCUAAAGAAAGUUACUUUUAUAUCACUAAUUAUCCUUUUGGUUAUUAUUUUUAAUUCUAUUCUUUUUUCAAUCGUCUAUUAGGUCCAUGCACUUAGUUUCCAAACUGUUGAAUUUUAAUAAAUUUUUCGACUUGAACAUCAUAUUGUUCAGACUAUCUUCCAGUGAAAUCGUCUCGAGGAUAACUGCUUUUGUACAAAUAUGGCGAUCGAUUCUACUGUAAAUAUGUAUAUUUUUUGUAUAAAUAUAAGUGUUUGUUAGUG